AUGCUGGCUCGCCAAUUACGAGCGGUGCUUCCCCGCACCUGGAUUCGCCACCAAAGCUCUACGUCGGGCUCUCUGUUCAAAGAUCUUGAGGGCUCGUCGAGCGCAGCCGAGAAGGAGUCGGCCGAUGCUGCGGUUUACAACACCAACGCGGAUCUUCUGAAUCAUCCCUAUAUCAAGUCUAAAAUGGACCCGCAAGGAAAGACCGCCACCGAAGAGCUGCUUUCCCCCUUGAAACAGAUUUUGUACAGCAAGGUGCUUGCUGCAAACAACGGCAAGUUUGUCAACAACCAGACCGUCGAGCAUGAGGGCUCUAGCUACGAACUCAGUCUCACCCCCGAGCAGCAAAAGGCACUUAUACCUUCCGUGUACAUCCAGUCAUACCGCAUUAAAUCCUCGUGGAAAAAAAUGUACAUGUUCUUGCGCAUGUACCGUCAAAUGGGACUCACUGAGGCUAUCACCCAGAGUCACUUUUCCAGCCGCCGUAUGGCCCGGGAUGUCGCCAACAUGCUUGAGCGCGGACGUGACGAUGCUAUCAAGCUUGGAAUGAACCCGGAAACUAUGCACAUUGACCAGAUCUGGGUUGGCAAAGACGGCAACGAUUUCAGACGGAUCCAGUUCAAGGGCCGCGGCCGCACUGGUGUCAUCACCCAUCCUUAUGUCCAUGUCAAGGCUAUUCUCAAAGAUAACCAGGUUCGCGAGGACCGCAAGGCGUUGAUCAAGAAGCGACUUGAUCGCAAGCUUUGGCGACCUCUUCGCAACUGGACUAUCAAAGAAGACGACACUCAGACACCGGACUACAAGUGGUAG